UCAAUUUCACCAAGAGCUGUUGCGCCCCAAGAAAGAUACUUAUUCCUCGCAAACACUUUUUUUUUAAAUUUUAUCGUUCAAUUAUUCGUAGUUGUGCUUCAACAGCUCUUUCGCGCUGAUAGACCACAACAGCUGGGUCAUAGGUCGAUGUCUCUCCCAGCACACUCUCCGCAAGAGAAUUGUCGUUGAAAAAUCGUGAAUCAAUAUCAAUAUUACAGUCUCAUUAUUUCUUCGACCCGCAGUUAUGGCUGUGCCUUCUCGCGUCAACUUCGCGCUAUCUUCUCUUAUCUGAGCGAAUGAAACGCGUUUUAACAAUAAUAAUACUGCCACUCUCGAUAAUAUCAAGUUUUGUUGAACGUCUAGGGUGCUGCGUAAUCGUCAUUUCUGAUAACAGUUGCGAGAUUGAUGCUUUCGUGUAUUCAGUACGUUCUCGAUCGGUACUGUUUGUGGAUUACAGAGCGUCGCGCUUUAUUCACGCGCUUCAAUCCGGUUACGCAGUUUGGGAUAUCUCGGUAACGCGAAAGUUCGCUCUUGCAUCGACGACGAGUUCGCAACUUCGUAAAUUGGAGUGCACGGGGCAACAAACGGAAACGUUAACUUUCUUUACUUCCGGAAAAGCUGCGGAAAUUCAACCAACAUGGCGCCUGGCACCGUGCUCGCUGCCUUCUCGGUCCUUAAGGAUCACGUCAAACUCAAAGUCAAUCAGAACUCGGUAGCCAUUGACAAUAUCGUUUUCAGAUUACAUUAUAGAGCUACAUUUUUAUUCUUUCUCAUUGCGUCCAUUCUGGUCACCUCCAGACAAUUUAUUGGAGAACAUAUAAGGUGUAUCUCCGGCAAUGGUGUGGCAUCUCAUGUCAUCGAUACCUUUUGCUUUUUCAUGUCUACAUAUACCGUGGUGAAGCAUCUGAAUGCUACCGCGGUAGAGCAGGGCGAAUUACCGCAUCCGGGCGUUGGACCAUCUGCCAAAGACGACCCCAUCAUACACCACGCUUAUUACCAAUGGGUGCCCUUUAUUCUGUUCUUCCAGGCGCUCCUCUUUUACCUGCCGCACUACCUAUGGCGGAAAACGGAAGGCGGUCGGUUGAGCAUGUUGGUGACAGGAUUGCACUUGGCAACUUUGUCAUUAAAUGAAACGGAGAUGAAGGUGAACGACAACAUGAAGAUACCAUCGAAAAAAGAGCGCGACGAGAAGAUACAACAGAUUCGCACCGCCUUUAUAAAUCGCUUGCACCUGAAUCGACCGUGGGCGUACAGUCUGAUUUUUUGCGAGCUCUUGAAUUUCAUAAACGUGGUCGUGCAAAUUUACUUGACCGACUGGUUCCUCGGAGGAGCUUUCAAAGGUCUCGGCCGGUGGGUUUCUCAGCCAGCGUCUAAGGAUGAAGUGGACCCACUUGAUAUAGUGUUUCCAAAGGUAACCAAAUGCAUUUUUCAUAAGUACGGUCCUUCUGGCACCAUACAAAAGCACGACGCGCUGUGUGUGAUGGCACUGAAUAUCGUUAACGAGAAGAUCUAUACGGGCCUUUGGUUCUGGUUCAUCGCACUGGCAGUGAUAACCGGUUUGGGAUUGGUUUGGAGAUUACUGACCAUGUUCCUUCACUCAAGGAGUACGUCAUUCAACAAACUCGUGUUCUCCAUGGCGUGCCCUGGAAAGUACAAUCCGUGGAACGUACUCAGGGUCACUCACGAGUACUACUUCGGCGACUGGCUGUUUCUCUAUUACAUAGCAAAAAAUCUGGAUAAUUAUAUAUUCAAGGAACUCCUUCAGAGUUUGGCGGAGGACCUGGAGAACAGGCAUCUCGCGCGUUACAAGAUCCUACCACUGGACGUGGAGCAAGAACUGAAGAAACAAUGGGAGGACAAGCCUCUCGUGAAGGAGAACGAAUAUAAAAUAGCUUAAUCUUAAGUAAUUAUCUGAAUUCCCACGAGAACAUCGGCAGAAGGUCAACGACAAGUUUAAUAGAGAAAUAUAUCGGAUAGAUAAAUCUGCUCCAAUUGCGCCCGAUUUUAUAACAACGCGACCGAUCAUCGUGUAAAAUUCACGCAAUUACAGCUCGGAUCGCUGUGUCGCGUGCAAAAAUGCAGCAUGUACGAGAAACGAAUAGCGAAAAGCUAUAUAUUGCGCACCUGCACGGACAAACAAUCGCGUGCUUUCACACGCGUAUUAUAGCGCUGCCAAAUUACGUCUUUAUACAUAAACGUAUAAUAAUUUAGCCGCGAUUUACUACGAUUGUAGAAUAAUGCGUCUCGCGUGCGUCGCGGAAUCGCAUUCGUAGUGGAGUACGCGCGCGCAACGCAUGACAUAACUACUCAGUCGAUAGUCUUUUAACUGCCUCGUCCGAAGGAUUCACGUGUACGUUACGCGCGAUCGUAUGUCGAGCACAUGCGCGUGCGAGCUGUAUACGUACGUAAAGACGUCCGUACGUUGCACCAAUCCGAUAAACGGGCCCGACGAUAGUUCGGAGUCGUUAAGUCGUUAAGGCCUCUGAAAUUGUGUCGCGGCCUAGUAUCGAAACAGUUGAAGCAGUUCGAUACAUUUUUAUGGCACGACUCUCUUACCGGAGCUGCUCUCGCAAGAAUUAUUACCAUUCACGUAUCUUUUAUCAGUCGUUCGAAAAUAUCGUCUCGACAAAAGGCUCGUGUAUUCAUUUCAUGUUUAAUACUUUUCCAUCGACAUCUUCGACAUGUCUUUACGAUAAUAAAGCUUCACGUGAAAAAUCAUUUUCGUCUAGAUUUUGAUUCGUCUAGAUCUUGUUGUAUAAAAACCAUGUUUUCUUUCUUUUUGUAAUAAUUGUAAAAUAUUGUCUAAAUGUUGCAUGACCGAGAUCAGCAUAAAUUAAAUAUCCUUAUUAAAUAUCCUUAAAAUAUUUAUGCUACAAUAAAACGCAGCGCUUAUAUAAGUUGUAAAAUCUUACAAAAUGCAAAUGCUGUCAAUAAAUAUUUAUA